AUGUUCCCGUCGUGCAUGUCGAUGCUGUCACGGCGACCGGAGCAGUGCGGCCCUCGACCCGGACAGUCGCCCGUCGUACUCAAUGUAUACGAUAUGUAUUGGACCAACUGGUAUACGGCAGGGGCAGGUGUUGGGGUAUUUCACAGUGGUGUACAAGUCCAUGGGUCGGAGUGGGCUUACGGCGGUCACCCUUACGCCUUCACCGGUGUCUUCGAGAUAACGCCGCGAGACGAGAGGGAACUUGGCGAACAGUUCAGAUUCAGACAAAGUGUACACAUAGGAUAUACGGACUUCAGCGAAGACGAGGUACGUCGGUUGGUCACAGAGCUCGGGAAACAGUUUCGCGGUGACAGAUACCACCUUAUGAACAACAAUUGCAACCAUUUCACAUCUGCGUUUUGUUUGGCGUUGUGUGACCGCGACAUCCCUGCGUGGGUGAACCGCCUGGCCUACGUCAGCUCCUGCGUGCCCUUCCUGCAGCGGUGCCUGCCCAAAGAGUGGCUGACGCCGGCGGCGCUGCAGCAGUCGCUCGCCGCGCACUCGCGCUCCUCCUCGCCCAACACGCCGCAAUAG